UGUCAACUAGGCAACUAGCUACGCUACUAGUAUAUGAUUUGGUGUGCGAAUGUUGGAAGCAUGGAAGCAAAUCACAGGCUAAGAAUGGCGGCAACCCAUUAAUCAAAUCCCAUUCAUACAAAAAGCCAGCAAAAAAAAAGAUAAAGGAAAAAGAAAGAGUUUUCAUUUUCUUUUAUUUCUAAAGGGCUGAGAUAAUAGGAUAUAUGGGGGUCUAUAUCUUUGCUCUGAAAUUCUGAAACACCCAUAAGCCAGAGCACAAAGCUUUUCUCAGAAGCAGCAGAACCAAAAAGUUAAGGGCAGCUCAGAGUGUUCGAUUGGAAAGGUAGUGGUUUCCCAAAAUAGGCCAAAGUGGGUUUUCCAUUAAUUAUUAGGCGUCUAAGACAAGGAAAUUGAAGAGCUAGUUUUUGAGUUGGAGUGUGAACCCUGCAACAGUAGUAGUAACCAAGGAAGAAGAUGAUGAUGAUGGUCCAUCAUGACAACCGUGGCCGUCCAGAUCAAAGAUGUGACGGUGGCGAUGGUCCCACGUGUAACAGACCCCCUGGUGUUGCAGAACCAGCAGCUGGUUCUUCUAGUAGUAGUAGUGGAGGUUCAGUUUUGAGAGGCUUGCAGCCUUUUCAGUACUUAUCAAAUACAAAUACUCAUCAUCACACCUCAACCGCUCUCAGAUCCCCAGGAGGCAUGACGACAGCAGCUUUGGAUUUUCCUUUCACUAAUCAACAGUGGAAGGAGCUUGAGAGGCAAGCCAUGAUUUACAAGUACAUGAUGGCUUCUAUCCCUGUGCCUCGUGACCUCCUCUUUCCCACUACCACCGCCUCCGCCUCCGCCUCGGUUUCUCAAUCUCCAUUGAGCGGCGGUGGGUUCAAUUUGAGGCUGUCGAAUAGCAAAGAUCCGGAGCCGGGGCGGUGCAAGAGGACGGACGGGAAGAAAUGGAGGUGUUCGAGAGAUGUUGCGCCGAACCAGAAGUACUGUGAGCGCCACAUGCACAGAGGCCGUCCCCGUUCAAGAAAGCAUGUGGAAAUUCAUGCCAACAAUACUACAAGCACCACUGCUACCACCGCUAAGAGGGUUCGCCGUGACAACAACAAUAGCAACAACAUUCGGCCACUAUCUCCUCCCACUAUCUCGAAUCCAAGCCACGAGAUGAGCAAAAAUGGGUACCCGACUCAGUUUUUCGGAUCUUCACUUCAACCAUUUCAUCAGACUCAGAUGUAUUUGGACAAGGCCGGUGUAAAGUCUGCACCUUUUGGAGGUGGUGUAAACUCUGUUUCAUCAGACAGAGGAGUCAGAGGCGUGGAGUGGAUGAUGAAAACUGAAGCUGCUCCGAUGAGUAGCUCCGAUGCGCAAUGGCACGAUAUGAUGCAGAGCAAAACAGAGCUGAGCUGCUCUAGGAUCCCCUACUUCGAUGCAAAUAGUUCUGUUUUCGGCCAGCGUUCUGAGGAAGAGUGUUUCUUGAAUCUAAAUUCUUAUACAAAUUUCAAUGCCGGAGAUGGUCAUCAUCAACAACAAGGUAAUGAUUGCAACAUGUUUCUGAAUCCUGAUGUGGUUGCUUUGGAAAACCCUCUACUCGAAGAAACCCCAAGAAGCUUCAUCGAUGCUUGGUCCAAAAACGACAACGGAGACAACAACAACAGCUCUCUUCCAUCAAGUGGGAAGCUCUCACCUUCUUCAUUGACACUAUCAAUGGGAGGCUACAAUUCCAUUAGCGAUGAGAUGGGUCAGACGCAGAUGAGCUUGGGAUGUAGCCAUGGAAGUGGAAACGGGAUUAAGCCACAAGUCUCGACCUGGCUCACCCCUGCUUCUUGGGUUCCUUCUCCGCCUGGUGGGCCUUUAGCCGAGGUCUUAAAGCCCACCACCAGCGCCGCCUCAAACCCGUCGUCUCCGAUCACCACUAACGGUAACCACGGCGAGUUUAGUAGCCCAUUGGGGAAUACGGUGUCGUCGCCAUCGGGGGUUCUUCAAAAAACGUUUGCUUCAUUCUCUGAUAGCAGUGGAAAUAGUAGCCCAAAUCUUACGAGUUCAAGGGCCAAAACAGAGACUGUUUCUCUGUGGUCGAAUCAGAGCAAAGCAUAGUCAUUUUCUUCAGAUCAUGUUGUUAUUUCGGCUUAGUUUGGUGUAGUUCUUUGACUACUAAAGAGGAUUUCAAUUUGGUUAUUUGAUAAAAAAAAAAAAAGAUCUAGUCUUUCAUGUUUU